AUGGCUGUAUAUCUUACAGGGUAAGUUAGCAUAAAAAAAAGUUAGAACUUCGUUCCCUAAUUUUUCCGCACAGAACUGAAAAUCUUCCACCAUUCAUCAAAUCAAUGUUGGAUUCAAAUUACAAUUAUCAUUCUCAUCAAUUGACAUGUGAACCAUCGAAAGGUAACGAGAAAAUGUUUCAAUUUGUGAAAAAAAAUUAAUUCUAGACGGAUUCGAUUACAAAUACUCGUUGGUUGUGUCAAAAGUUCCGCUUGAUCAAAAUAAUACGCAAUCGGAAUAUUCAACAACAAAUUCUUCAUAUUUAUCAUCGACUGAUUCAUCGCAAACAACUCAAACUCAAAAAUAUUGCUUCAAUCCGGUAAAAUGUUCGAAAAGUGUCAAAUGUGUCAUGAUGGUUCACGUUAAAUUUAUUCUUUUGCACAUGGACAUGUUCGGAAAUCGGUUAGUUUCACGCUUAAAGUUUAACUUACCUUCUCUCUUUCCAUAUCAAUUGAAAUAAGUUUUCAGCCUUCAAUCAAUGUUCAGUGAAGAGUUAUCAAGUGAAGAAACAUUGCAUGAUGUGAUUAUGAAUUUUCGCGAUGUUUGCAUUGAAAAACUUCCGAAGAAAAUGGAUUUCAAUCCACGAAUGUCUUAUUGUAUUGGAGAAGUGACUCGCAAGAAUUCGAAGCCUGUUCUUCCGGAAGAUUUGUCGAAGAAAAUAUUCGAGUUGGCCAAUCAACAAAUCUGUUGUUGGAAAAAUUACGCUUGUCGCCGAUACUUUGAGUCUUUUUUGAAAUUCCAACAAUCAUCAUAA